CUCUAGAUGAAGCAAUCACCCAUUUAACUGGUUUCUUAAAAAGCAGCCUAUAGAAGAAAGAAUUUACUUCAUUAAAAUUAUUCUUCUCACUGCAACUUAUAUUUGAAAUCAAAAUAUAUCACAGAAAACUAAUCACAUUUGGCUCAUUACAUGACACAAACAUAAACACUUACACCUAAAGAUAUAAGGCAAUAUUAGGCUAAGAAUAAUUGUCUUGAGUUGUAAAAGUAACAGAACUGGUCGUUUGACUUACACAACUCUGACGAGAAUGUUUAAGACUGUGUCCACAGAAAGAAAAAACAGACACAAUACUAGAAUGUAAUUUAGAUACAGCUCUGUAAUCUAGUUCACUUUCUCUCUAACCCAGAAAGUGAAACCAGCAAUUAUUUUUCAAGUCAGUAUGAAAUAAUCAGACACUGAUAGUGAAACAAAAUGACCUAAAAAUGUUAUUUCAUAUUCUGACCAGGUUGAAUAUUGGGGCAAGUAACUUGUUUUGCUUACAAUGAAAGACCACAGCAGUUAAAAAUGCAGGGUAUCACUUUUAGAGAGUAUUAUCAUUGUAUAAAAAGACGUGUCUUAUUUAGAACUCCUGCAAUGCCUAUGCAAGCAUUACAUAGUUCACAUUUUCAUGGAUAACUGAAGAUAUUACACACAUAAUUCUUGAAGGAGCCACAGACCAUACUUUACUUACUCAGCAGGACGAAUUUAUAUUUGAGAGAAAGCAAUAUUAUUUACAAUGAAAUUCUUUGGACUCUACUAUCUUACAUACCUUUUGAUACUUCAAAUGCUAGUCUUUACAAUGGGUCGUAAGAGACAAGUUCCUCCUGAACCUACAUAUAAAGGACACUUUCAAGAUGAAGGAAAACCAAAUGAAGUAGCUGACCAAGUUGCUCAUUGGAGCCCCGAAGACAAAUUAAAUGUUUGGGAAAUGAGUGGUCUUUUUGAAGGUGAUAUCAUGAUGCCAGACAACACUGACUUUCGCAACGUAGUCCUUGAUGGGAACAAAUAUUGGCCAGAAGCAACAGUUCCAUAUUACAUUGAAAAGGAAGAUUUCACUUCUGAUGAGUUGGAAACAAUCAAGGAGGCUAUAGAUGAGUAUCAUGAGAACACUUGUAUUAAGUUUCGCCCAUAUAAAAAAGGAGAUUCAGACUAUAUAGUAGUCAGAGGAAACAGCAGUGGUUGUUGGUCUUAUGUAGGACGCUAUGGAGGAGGCCAAGUUGUAAAUUUACAAACUCCUGGAUGUGUUCAUCGUGGAAUUGUUGCUCAUGAAUUAUUACAUGCACUUGGCUUUUACCACCAGCAAAGUGCCUACAAUAGAGAUGAUUAUAUCAAAAUUCACUAUGAAAAUAUUAAAACUGGAAGAGAACAUAAUUUUAAAAAAUACAAUGCAACUACUGUAACAGAUUUUGAUAUUGGAUAUGAUUAUGAAAGCAUAAUGCAUUAUAGUGCAUAUGCUUUUUCUAAAAAUGGAGAGCCAACAAUUGAACCACUUGAUAAAAUGGCAAAAAUUGGACAAAGGAAAGGACUUAGCAAGAAAGAUAUAAAGAAGCUUGAAACUCUAUACCAUUGCAAAUCAUAUGAUGAUUACUGGGACUAUGAAUAGAAAACAAAAAGGAUAUGGUAAAAAAACAUCAUCAAUUUUUCAAAGAUAAUCUCAAUGAACUAGUUUGCGAGGUAAAACUGACACUGGAAUGAUAGGCAAAAUACAAAAAUAUUUGAAAUUGUAUUUCAGUCUUUUUGAUACAAAAAACAGAGUAAUAAAUAAAUAAAUAAUUAUAUAUUCAUAUAU